UCUUUUUCUUUUUACUACGAGAACUUCUGUUGUUGCCUCUCCCGGUUUCUCCCUCCCCUUCUCUCUCAUCUCUUUCUCUCUCCUCAAUUUUGGAGCUCUGUGAAUUUUAUUGUUUGAAGAUCUCAUCUCAAAUUUUUCGCUGACUCAAAAAUUCAACUCUUUUUUAUUUUAUUUUCUCAUAAGGUACUUAUUAUUUUUUCUCUCUCCUCAAUUUUUAGAGCUAAUUUUGUUUAUAAAUUUAUUUAUUUUUGGUCGGUCACUUUUUUUUUUGGGUGUUAUGUUAGUCAAUUUUAGAACAAUUAGAAAUCUUUGAGGGUUAGGGUUUUGACCGAUUAAUUUGAAAUUCUUGUUAAUAUUGUAGAGGAUUUGUUGUUGUUUUUUCAAUUUGUUUGAUUUUUUUAGCUGCUGAAGUGAUUAUUUGUUUGUGGGUUAGAGUUAUUUAUGUGAAAUUGAUUAUGAGAUUGAUGUAUAGAUAGUGUGGUUAGAGAAAACCCUAGAAUUUGAGGUGAAAUAUGUGUGUGUUCUGAGAAAUUUGAUAUGAUUGGGGAAAUUUGUCAUUAGUUGCAGUAAUUUAUAAGAAAAAAGGACCCUUGAAGAAUUGAAUUUUUUAAGGGUGUGAAAGUAAAUGGGAGAAGAUUUGUUAGCAAGUUUAUCAAUGGAGAAUCAUCACCCAUCAACAUUGUUGUCAAUGGAUUCGAGUUCGAAAUCUCAUGAGGAAAAAGAAAGAGAGAUCAGUAGGCAUAUUAUACUAUCUCGUCCUGGUCCACCUGAUAUUAACCUUCCGUUGUCGGCGGAGCGUAGCCCUCCGCCUCCGCAGUCUUGGACUCAGGAAGCUUGUGAUAUGUUAGAGGUUGGGUUAGGGACUCAAGUUUAUGAGUCAGAAACUCAUGUUAGUGUCCCUAAGAUUGGGAAUGGGCACCGUAAGUGUGCUAAGAGGCUUGAUAGUGUGUGGGGUGCUUGGCUGUUUUUUAGCUUCUACUUUAAGCCUUCGUUGAACGAGAAGACGAAGGGAAAGAUUGUGAGAGAUGGUAAUGGGGUUUCGGGGUUUGAGAAGUCUGAUCUUCAGCUGGAUUCUUUCUUGGUUCAACAUGAUAUGGAGAAUAUGUAUAUGUGGGUUUUUAAGGAAAGGCCGGAGAAUGCAUUGGGUAAGAUGCAAUUGAGGAGUUACAUGAACGGGCAUUCUCGACAAGGGGAAAGGCCGUUCCCUUUUAGUGUUGAAAAGGGUUUUGUUCGGUCUCAUAAGAUGCAAAGGAAACAUUAUCGAGGACUAUCUAACCCUCAAUGCCUCCAUGGAAUUGAGGUAGUUCGACAACCAAAUCUUAGUGCUCUUGAUGAGGAUGAGCAGAGGAGGUGGAUGGAACUUACUGGAAGGGACCUGAGCUUUUCACUUCCAGAAGAAGCUAGCGAGUUUUCUUCAUGGAGGAACCUUCCAAGCACAGAAUUUGAACUGGAGAGGCCACUUCCUGCCGUGAAGAGUCAUGCUAAUGGCCAUUCGAAGAAAUUGCUAAAUGGCUCUGGUUUGAACUUGUCCACACAACCAUCUAAUCAUGUGAACGAUGGAUUUGAUCUCUCAGCUGCUGCCAAUAAGAAGAGGAAGGAUGUCCCUGCUCAUGGAAAUGAUGAGGAUUCUUGUCUUCCAGCCAAUACGCAUUCUUCAGACGGAACGCAAGAUGCAGUAGAGAUGCAUCCAAUCGGAACAGGACCCCUAUGGGCCCCGGAAUUCACUGGGGUUAUGAGGAAUGUUUACGGUCCUGUUACUUGUGCAAAAUCUAUCUAUGAAGAUGAUGAUGGGUAUAUGAUUGUCAUUACCUUGCCAUUCACAGAUCUUCAAAAGGUCAAAGUUUCUUGGUGGAAUACAAUAUCUCAUGGUGUAGUUAAAAUCGCAUCUACCAGCACAGCCGGCUUGCCCUAUCUCCAGAGAAAUGACAGAAAAUUUAAGCUUACGGACCCUUCUCCCGAACACUGCCCCCCUGGUGACUUCAAACGGGAGAUACCUCUUCCAUCUCGAAUUCCAGAUGAUGCCAAGUUAGAAGCUUAUUUUGAUAACACCGGACCAGUUCUAGAAAUUUUGGUGCCCAAGCCCCGUAUAGGUCCUGAAGAGCACGAGGUUCCAAUCUGUCUUCGUUCCCAUCUUGCUGGGAAUGAUCUCUUAUUGUCUUGACUAAGGCAUAUCUCACCUAAAACUUUUAAGUUUUGGGUCUGCACUCAUCCUGCAAAGUGAAGUUCAGAGAUUAAUGGUAAGUAAGAUCUUAUUGCUUCAUCAAUGUGUUUUUAUUUCCCUUUCUUUAACGAAAUUAUUAUAUUAGCGGUCAUUGGAUUUGUUAUAUUGUGGAGUGGUUCGUGCAGUAAACAUACAAAUGAAUGUGGGAACUGUAUUUCAAGACAUAAGUGAACAGUGCAAUCUCUAGUUGAAGUGUUUUCUUGUAGAACCUGAAGAAUGUAUAGCUGUAUUGUUUUUCGGAAUAAUGGAUCAAUAUUUCAGAUAUAAUGUUUCUGUUGUCUCUCCUACUCUACUAUAAUCUUUCGCAGCUAAUGCAGAUUAACAUUUCGGAGCGAUUUCUCCGCUUUAUUUGCUACUUUGGGCGCCAUUCUACACGCCAAGCAGCGACUAGUUUAACCACCCUCUGCGCAACAAAGACCAUCAAUCUUCAUUCGCGUAAUUUUCCGGUGUAGAUGACAUAUUACAUCGAAACAAAAUUGUAUAUAUACAGAGUUAUAUUUGUCAUUCUGGAUAUGAUUCUGUUUUACCAGAAUGGAUUCAUUCGUCAUGAUUCAUAGAUUGUACGAUAAUCUUUAUAAUAUUAAUGAGAAUUCAUUUGAUCUUA